CUGCCGCAACAGAGACACCUGCUGGUGUUGAGGAGGUUCCCGUUGCCGAGUCUGCACCUGCUGUUGAGGCCGCUGCCAUCGCCGCAGAGGAGAAGCCCACUACCGCUGUCACCGAGGAGCCUAAGGCCAUCGAGUCUGGCAUUCUUGGCUACAAGGCGCCUGGUUUGAUCAAGUAAGUCAAUGUCAGCAACCUACCUGGAACGCCAAUCACUAACAAGCACCAACAGGAGCUUGAAGUUCUCCAAGAAGACCUUCUGGUUGGGUGAGGAGCCCGUCUCAGUCGACAACCUCAGCACCUACCUUCGUGGUGAGAAGCCCGAGUCCGGCAAUGCUACCGCCGCCUGGUCAAGCCACACUGGCAAGGGUCUUCUUUACUUUGUCAAGCACGCCGAUGAGAAGAAGCACCCUCAAGGUGUCUUGAACCUGUCCGAGGCAUCCGACCUCGAGAAGGCUACUGGUCACGAAUUCACCUUCAAGCUCCACAACCACAAGCACGCCUUCAAGGCCGCCAACGACGCCGAGCGUGACGCAUGGUUCCUCGCCAUCGAGAAGGCCAUGACUGAGGCCAAGGCCAACAAGGACACUGUCACUUCCAGCGACUCCUACAAGGAGACCCUCGCCGGUCUUGUCAAGACUCACACCCCCCACGCCGGUGCCGGUCGCAAGAGCAUGGACGCCUCCGCUUCCAGACCUCGUGCCGCUUCCGCGUCCAGCUCAUCCUCCUCCGACGCCGAGGCCGCCGCAAAGAAGGCCAAGAAGAGCCGCUCUGCUUCUCGCAACGGCAAGCGCCACAGCAUCUUCGGUGGUAUCAUGGGCAAGAAGGCCGAGCACGAUGUCGAGAAGGAAGAGAAGAAGGAGGUCAAGGCUGAGGAGAAGACCAUCGAGGCCGACAAGGCGGCUACCGAGCCCAUCGAGGAGCCCGUCGCCGCCGAGACCGUUGCCCCUCUUGAGGCUGAGGCCAUUGCCGCCCGUGUCAUUGACGCCCCCGUCGAGGAGACCAAGGCUGUCGAGGCCGUUGAGCCUGUCGUUGAGGCUCCUGCCACCGAGGUCCCCGCUGGUGUCGAGGAAGUCCCUGUCGCCGAGUCUGCACCCGCCGUUGAGGCCGCUGCUCUCGCUGCCGAGGAGAAGCCCCUUGAGACGGCCGCCGUUGAGGAGUCGCCCGUCGUCAACAGCAUCGCAUCCAAGCCUGUUGAGGAGAAGAAGAAGACCGAGGAGAGACCCAAGACCAACAAGCGCAGCAGUCUGUUCGGAUCUUUCUUCGACAAGGUCCGCAGCCCUACCAGCGAGAAGAAGGAGAGCGAGGUUGCUCCUGUCGUCCCUGCAAAGGAGACCGUCGUCUCGGCUGAGCCCCCAGUUCUUCCCGAGCCUACCACCGAGAACUCCAACCUCGACCCUUCCGCUGUCGAGACCACUGCUGCUCCCGUCAUUGCCAAGCCCGUAACUGAGGCUCCCAAGGAGGCCGAGCUCGAGGCUGCCAAGAUUGAGACUCCCGUCGUCACCCCUGGUGGCACUGAGCGCAAGUCGAGCUUCUUCGGCAGCUUGGCCAAGAAGACCAGAUCCAAGAGCCCUGCUCCUGGUGUUGCCACUGACGCUCCCGCUGUCCCUCCCAAGGAUGACGAGGUCGUCGCCGCCGCUCCUGUUGUUGAAGCACCUGCUGCUACCCCCGAGGUCGCUGCCGAGGAGGCCGUCAAGGAGCCCAUUGUUCCCGCCACCGAGACCAAGAUUGAGACCUCCAAGGCCGCUACCCCCAAAGAGAACCGUCGCAAGUCGUACUUCGGCGGUUUUGGUGGUGCCAAGAAGGAGAAGACUGAUGCUGAGAGCCCUCAAGAGGACAAGUCCAUGCUCGGCAAGGUCACUGGUCUUUUCCGCACCAAGUCUCAGGCUGCUCGUCCCGUCAAGAAAGAGACGGUCACUCCUACCGAGCCCGUCCCUGCCAUCCCUGCCACAGAGACUGCCGCGACUGAGCCCACCGUCGUCGACACCCCUACCGUCGUUGAGCCCAAAGUUGAGGAGCCCGCCGUCGAGACUGCCGCUCCCCUCACCGAGAGCCAACACACUCCCGCCAACACCACCGUCUCCGCAGCUGCGUAGCCUGCCUCGAAGAACGAUUUGGUGGGCCAGCGAUUACGCUGACGACCCAUCAUCACCAUUGCGAGUGCGUCGAUCGCUGCAAUUGGUUUGAUGUGUUAUUUCUUUUUGACAUACAGAUACCCCCCUCUUACUCUGCUUGUUUUGUUUCAGACAUGAGCUGCGGGACCUUUGGAUUUUCCUGGCCACCGGACAACGCUCUCAUUGCUUAAUACCCAACUCAUGCCCUUCACUCUCUUGUUGUUUUUCCACCAGAAAAAGCCGCAUUUGUUGUUGGACAUGAAUACCGCAUUGAUAUUUUUCUGUUUUGUAUUUUUUGUCUUGUUUGUCGGUCUUUCCUGCGAGUC